GCUUCUGGGUAAAGUAGGCUGUGUCUGCGCGUUGAUGUCAGAGGAAAGAGAACGCGAGCAACAGGAGCUGCAAGGAAUCGCGAUGGAGUAGGCUACCGACGGUGGAAGUAGCCCCUCCAACUCUUGAGAUGAGGACGGACUUUACGAAAGGUUUUGGGGAAACGCGAUAGGGCAGCCGGCGGUGGAGCGUUUUUCAUUUGCGUUACAGUGUUAUUUUGAUGUUAAUUCAUCGUUAUUGUGCUGGCGAUGUCGCGGGUGGAGUUUGCACUUUACAUGGACGGAGGGAAAACGCCUGGGUUUUGAAUACCACGGACUGUGUAUGAACGGCAAUUUUUUAAAAUUUAGGCGCAAGCAGUGCGAAGCGCCGAAAAAAGAGGAGGGGAGGGGGAUAAGAAAACGCCCUGUUGCUGAAUCCCCUCAAAAUCAAAACUUUAUCGCGCCAUCAAAGAUACAGGACCUCUCUUGUUGAGCAUGGAAGAGGAAGUUUGAUCGCAUCGGACUUAAAACAAACAAGGCUUACAUCAGUAAAGAGGUUUGUGGAGUGACCCCACACUAUUGUGGAUUAUUUUUGUCUUUUAUUGUGGACACGAGUCGGAGGCAAUUUCAGAGGGCGGCGAGUCGGAGCCUGUCUAGGCCCACGGCCAUUGCCCAAGAAGAAAAUAUUUUUUUAAUGUGAACCUAAGAAGUUAAGGAGAGGGAGCUCGUUAGAUAUUCACAUACUUCACGAACGCUUGCCUUACUAUUUAAAAUGUCGUUCGGAGCUGAGAGAAGGAUGGAAAACCGGUUGCAGAAACUGGAAGCCAUGAUCAAAGACCCCAGGUCGGCGGUUAAUUUGGAAAGUUUACUGGAUUCCAUGAAUGCCUUGGUUCUAGAUUUGGACUUCCCGGCCUUACGCAAGAACAAGAACAUUGAGACCUUCUUGAACAGAUAUGAUAAGGUGAUGGGGCACAUCAGAGAUCUGCAGAUGAAGUCUGAAGACUUUGAUCGAGUGAAGGUGAUCGGCAGGGGGGCCUUUGGCGAGGUUCAGUUGGUGCGACACAAAGCAUCUCAGAAAGUGUACGCCAUGAAGAUCCUGAGCAAGUUUGAAAUGAUAAAGCGCUCCGACUCCGCCUUCUUCUGGGAGGAGAGAGACAUCAUGGCCUUCGCCAACAGCCCGUGGGUCGUCCAACUGUGCUGUGCCUUCCAAGAUGACCGCUACCUGUACAUGGUGAUGGAGUACAUGCCCGGCGGUGACCUGGUCAACCUGACCAGCACAUACGACGUGCCCGAGAAGUGGGCGCGCUUCUACACGGCCGAGGUGGUGCUGGCCCUGGACGCCAUCCACUCCAUGGCCUUCAUCCACCGCGACGUCAAGCCCGACAACAUGCUGCUGGACUCCCAUGGCCACCUCAAACUUGCCGACUUCGGCACCUGCAUGAAGAUGGACGCGACUGGUAUGGUGCAUUGUGACACAGCGGUGGGCACGCCCGACUACAUCUCCCCUGAGGUCCUCAAGUCGCAGGGAGGCGAUGGCUACUAUGGGCGGGAGUGUGACUGGUGGUCAGUGGGCGUCUUCAUCUAUGAGUUGCUCGUCGGUGAAACGCCAUUCUAUGCCGACUCGCUGGUCGGAACCUACAGCAAAAUCAUGGACCACAAGAACUCGCUCAACUUCCCAGAUGAUGUGGAGAUUUCCAAGGACGCCAAGAACCUAAUCUGUGCCUUCCUCACAGACAGGGAAAUACGUCUGGGUCGUAACGGAGUGGAAGAGAUCAAGCGCCACCCUUUCUUCAAGAACGACCAGUGGACCUUUGACACCAUCAGGGACACUGUGGCCCCAGUGGUUCCCGAGCUAAGCAGUGAUAUUGACACCAGCAACUUUGACGAGAUCGAGGACGAUAAGGGCGACGUGGAGACGUUCCCAACACCCAAAGCCUUCGUGGGAAACCAACUGCCCUUUGUGGGCUUCACCUACUUCAAAGAAGAUCAGUUGCUAAGAGGCUCAAAUCGGUCUGCCGUGGAGAACGAGCACCUAGUGUCCAUCAAGGAUGCCUCUGUGUCGGCAGCACUGCAAAAGCAGCUGCACGUGCUGGAGGAGCAGCUGAACACUGAGAUGCAGGCCAAAGAUGAUUUCGAACAGCGCUGGCGCACCGCCACAAACCGCAUGGAGAAAGUGACCAAAGAGCUGGACGAGGAGACCAACAGCCGUAAGAACCUGGAGUCGUCCCUGCGGCAGCUGGAGCGGGAGAAGGCCCUGCUGCAGCACAAGAGUGUGGAGAGCCACCGCAAGGCCGAGAGCGAGGCUGACCGCAAGCGCUGCCUGGAGAAUGAGGUGAACAGCCUCAGGGACCAGCUAGAGGAGCUGAAGAAAAAGAACCAGAACUCCCACAUCUCCAAUGAGAAGAACAUCCACCUGCAGAAACAGCUGGACGAGGCCAACGCUCUGUUGCGGGCGGAGACGGACGCGGCGGCGCGCCUGCGCAAGUCUCAGACGGAGCUGACCAAGCAGCUGCAGCAGAUGGAGGCCAACGGGCGCGAGCUGCAGGACAAGUGUUGCCUGCUGGAGAACAGCAAGCUGAAGCUGGAGAAGGACUACAUCGGCCUGCAGGCCGCCCUCGAGGCCGAGAAGAGAGACUGCAGCCAGGGCUCGGAGACCAUCACCGACCUGCAAGGGCGCAUCACAAGUCUGGAGGAUGACGUGAAGCAGUCGAGAGUGGCCUUGUCCAAAGCAGAGAUGGAGAAGCGUCUGCUCCAGGAGAAACUCACAGACCUGGAGAAGGAAAAGAACAAUAAGGAGAUCGACAUGAUGUACAAGCUGAAGGUGCUGCAGCAAGGCCUGGAGCAGGAGGAGGCCUCCCACAAGGCCACCAAGGCCCGGCUGGCUGACAAGAACAAGAUCAGCGAGUCCAUCGAGGGAGCCAAGUCCGAGGCCAUGAAGGAUGUGGAGCAGAAGCUGCAGGAGGAGCGGGCGGCUAAACUGCGUGUGGAGAACAAGCUGCUGGAGCUGGAGAAGCAUAGCUCCAUGCUGGACUGUGAUUACAAGCAGGCACUGCAGAAACUAGAUGAACUGCGCAGACACAAGGACAAGCUCACAGAGGAGGUGAAGAACCUGAGCCUAAAGAUCGAGCAGGAGAUGCAGAAGCGCACACUGACGCAGAACGACCUGAAGGUGCAGGUCCAGCAGCUCAACUCCCUGCGCACCUCCGAGAAGCAGCUCAAGCAGGAGACCAACCACCUUCUGGACAUCAAGCGCAGCCUGGAGAAACAGAACCAGGAGCUCCGCAAGGAACGUCAGGAUGCAGAUGGACAGAUGAAGGAGCUGCAAGAUCAGCUGGAGGCUGAGCAGUAUUUCUCAACUUUGUAUAAGACCCAAGUACGGGAGCUGAAGGAGGAGUGUGAGGAGAAGAAUAAGCUAUACAAGGACAUGCAGCAGACUCUGCAGGAACUACAGGAAGAGAGGGACUCGCUGGCGGCCCAGCUGGAGAUCACGCUUACCAAGGCGGACUCGGAGCAGCUCGCACGCUCCAUCGCCGAGGAGCAGUACUCCGACCUGGAGAAGGAGAAGAUCAUGAAGGAGCUGGAGAUCAAGGAGAUGAUGGCGCGGCACAGGCAGGAGCUGGGCGAGAAGGACACCACCAUCAGCUCAUUAGAGGAGGCUAAUCGCACGCUGACGAGCGACGUCGCCAACCUGGCCAAUGAGAAGGAGGAGCUGAACAAUAAACUGAAGGAUAACCAAGAAGAUAUGCAGAAGAAGAUGGACUUGGAGCAACAAAUCAACCAGAUUAAGAACACCUAUGAGAAGCAGCUUCAGUCCGAGAGAACUUUGAAAACCCAGGCGGUAAACAAGUUAGCUGAGAUCAUGAACAGGAAGGAGGUGCGGGGCGGAGGCAGUCGCCGUGGCAACGACACAGACAUGCGGCGGAAGGAGAAGGAGAACAGGAAGCUGCAGCUGGAGUUGCGCUCAGAGAAGGAGAAGCUCAACAGCACCAUCAUUAAGUACCAGAGGGAGAUUAACGAGAUGCAAAGCCAACUGUUGGAUGAGAGCCAGGUCCGUAUUGAUCUUCAGAUGGCGCUGGACAGCAAGGACAGUGACAUUGAGCAGCUGCGCGGCCUCCUGAACUCGCUCAAUGUCCACUCACUAGACUCCGCUAGUGUGUCCAGUGGACCGGACUUCGAUACUGAUGACACCUUCGCAGAAACGAGGCUUGAAGGAUGGCUUUCAAUGCCUGUGCGGAACAAUACCAAGCGUUUUGGAUGGGAAAAAAAGUAUGUGGUGGUAAGCAGCAAGAAGAUUCUUUUCUACAACAGCGAACAGGACAAAGAACUAUCCAACCCUUACAUGGUGCUAGAUAUAGAUAAACUAUUCCAUGUGCGGUCUGUCACCCAAACGGAUGUAUACCGUGCUGACGCCAAAGAAAUCCCCAGGAUAUUCCAGGUCCUGUAUGCCAAUGAAGGAGAGAGCAAGAGGGAGCAGGAGCUGGAGUUGCCCAUCGGCGAGAAGUCUUACAUCUGCCACAAGGGCCACGAGUUCAUCCCCACGCUCUACCACUUCCCCACCAACUGUGAGGCCUGCACCAAGCCCCUGUGGAACAUGUUCAAGCCGCCGCCCGCCCUCGAGUGCCGACGCUGCCACAUCAAGUGCCACAAGGACCACAUGGACAAGAAGGAGGAAAUCAUCGCGCCCUGCAGAGUGAACUACGACGUCUCCACGGCAAAGAACCUGCUGCUAUUGGCCGCCUCACAGGAGGAGCAGCAGAAGUGGGUCAGCCGGCUGGUCAAAAAGAUCCCCAAGAAGCCCCUGGCGACGGACCCGUCCCACCGUUCCUCACCCCGGGCCCCCGCCAAAGUGCUGGCCAGCCAGUCGAUGAGGAGACCCAGUCGACAGCUGCCCCCCAGCAAGCCCAGGGCCGUGACCAAGGAGCCAGCCGAGCCCCCAACACUGGGGGAGAAGACCAGCCUCAUCCGCCACAAGGGUCACGAGUUCCUCCCCACGCUCUACCACUUUCCCACCAACUGCGAGGCCUGCACCAAGCCCCUGUGGAACAUGUUCAAGCCGCCUGUAGCCCUGGAGUGCCAACGCUGCAACAUCAAGUGCCACAGACAACAUAUGGAUAGGAAAGAGGAGGUCUUGAAACCCUGUGCUCCAGGCAGAAUCGAAUCACAGACCGAGCCUGGCUAAAGUGUUUGUUUUUAUAGACUAUCCAACACUGCUAGAAUCUAUCCGCCUGGUGAUCAUCACAAAGCUUGUGGUCUAUACUUGACACUAAAAAGAGGGUUGACUUCAGGGCCCUGGGCAAGCUUGAUGACUUGAGUAUGAGCAAAGGACAUGGGGCUUGGAGCUGAAAACUAAGUCAUUUGAAGGGUGCACCCAUGAUUGAUCCUUCAGAGGAAUCUCUUCCUUCCAUCCAUCUCCAAGGAACUACCUCACAACAGUGAUGAACAUUGACUCACUCAAGACAUUUAAUCAUCUCCUACAAAUAAGUAGAUCUAAUUUCAACCAAUUUAAAAUGAAUCUACCAACCAAUCUCCGUUAUCAUGCUGUCUAAUAUAGCUAAUAUCUAUAAAUGAUAUGUUUUAAGGUGAUCUGGAACUGGCAGAAGGUGCACUCCUUCAAUACAGCACCAUAAUAACAUAUUGCUGUAGGCUUUAGGCUGCUGAUAUGAAGGGGUAACCUGAUUCGGGCACUUUAUGAAGGGUCUUGUGUCCACUCCCACCU